UGUUCGUGCUCGAACUGCUCUGUCAGCCUUGUUACAAAAGCGCAGGAGUGCAUUUGCUGCAAAGAGAUCGAUCGCUGCGAAGAGGUCAUGAAAGAAGCCAUUGGAGACCGGACCGUAUGCAUAACCCUCCAUCCAGGGUUUGAAGGCGUCUGCUUAAACCGCCACGUAUUAGAAAUGGCUGCACUGGGCCUAAAAACGCGAGCUGGAAAGUCGUACACAACUAUUCGUGGGCAAAGCAACAAAAGUGAUAAUGAGUAAGUUGGGGUAUUGUUGACUUUGUAUCGGAACGAUCGAACCUUACAUAGCAUUGAAUAAUUGAUGCAUCUAUGCUUAUCGCCGUGGACUGAUCUCACAGAAUCACAUUUUUUAUUUUCUAAAUGGCUUUAUUGCCCCGACUGCUUAUUUUUAAAAGGAGUAUUUAUUUAUCUCCAUCCAAUCCCUCCUUGAAUUAACAGUGAUCUCAUUUCUCUAACUAGAUUCCUGAGGUCUGUGGCCUAUCGCCAAUUUACAAGACUGCUGUGGAGUUAUAUUGGUAGUUCCAGGCGAUACCCCUUGCCCUGUUGUGCCUAUAAUAAAAUCAGGAAACAAUUUCCGAGUCAAAAUGGCCAUUAUCGUGGAUUCGAAGAUGAAGAAAAUGAAUAA